AUGUCGGCGCCGUCCACCAAUACCAUCAAUCUUGCCAUCGCAGAAACCUUUAUAUAUGGCGUGGCAUUAUUCCCGAUGCUGUAUAUUACAUGGAAGCACGGGAAAGCGGGCAUGGUCUGUUGGCCGAUCGUGGUGUCAUUUUUCGUCAUGCGCUUGGUAGCGGACAUUUAUCAAAUCAUCAACCGAGAACAACCAGAACAGCCCAGUCAAGUUUUAAUUCUGACGACUUCCGGAAGCAUUGCUUGUCUUUCUCUUGGGCUAAUCGGUGUGGUUUACGAAGCGAAUAUCGUUUUGCCCGGAACUCCGAAGCGCUGGACCGAAAAGGCGAUUUUGGGAGUCACACACUUGGUGAAUACUGCUGGAAUCGGCGCAGCGACGUAUGGUGGCUCCCCAAGCCCGAAUGGAGGAGUCGUGUCGUCAAACCUGAACCAGAUUGGUAAUUGCAUGAUGCUCUUCGUCAUGUUUGGCGUGUGCGGAUGGAUAUGGCCCACUUGGAAACGCAUUAUGAAAUUUCAAAGACAUCAAAACUUUGAAGCAGCCCGGUUUCUUGUCCUGCUAGGGGGCGUUGCCAUGCCGUACCAACUCAUACGGCUCGCUUCCGGUACUAUAUACGCAUUCAGCCCAUCAGAAGAUCUCGACCCAUUUACAGGCACUUUCGCUAUUCGGCUAUUGAUUUCUGCAAUGCAACUCGCUGCUGCUUUGGCCCUGAUGGCGGGUGGAUGGCUUAGUAUGCAUAUUGUGCCAUUGUCGCAACUACCGCAGCGACCCCAGCGAAUGGAAGAAGAUGUGUCAUAUGGCAUCUACGAUGACGGGCUGGAAACGAUAGCUUUAACUAACAAGAAGAAGGCCACAGAAUGGACAAGUGUUUGA